AUGUACGUACUGCUUGAGGAGCCAUUUUGGACGGAUGUGAUGGACGCAAAGAAGUUUGAUCCUGCCCCAAAAGUGGAUUUCAGUUGUGGGUGUAGGAAAAAGUGGCAGCGAAAUUCUAGGGCAACGGAUCAUUAUCUUAUCCGGAAGGUGAGGAGGGCGGGGCUGGGCAGGAAGUGGCCUUUCACCGAACUCACCGAGACCCCCGGUGGUCUGAGCUCCGCGCUCCAAUCAAGAACGAGUCGCAUCCAAUUCUUCCCCCAGGCACACUCGUUUGCCAUAAUUGGCAGGCAAGCAAUGCACGAAGGGCGCGUCUGCGCUGUCGCGGAUGAUUCACUUUCGACAUCGCAGAUUGCCAUGUCAAGGACCGCCUUCAUCCUGCCUCUUGCUCUCAUUGGUGGACGCGGAUGCGACUUCGUCGUGGUCGCGAUUAUGGACAAGAGUCAACGAGCCAAGAUGGACCGGUUGUAUCAAGCAAUCCACGGCGAGGCGUGUCCUAAGCAAUUGAUCACCUAG